GCAGUACGGCUGACCCCUCCGGUUUCUGCGUGCAAUGCCACGUUAGUAGCGGUAGACACAAAAUAGCAGCUAGUGUCCAACGUUCGGCAAGAAAAGAUCGAGAUUCAGGCCAGUUAAUCAGAUAAAACCGUAGCCGACCGUGUCUACAGCUCCCGUGUCUCUUUCAGGCAGAACACUAGACGGCAGUUAUGUUGAGGUUUUUGCUUCUCUGCACAGCGGUUGUGGCGAGCACGGCUGAAAUCGCCGAGGAGGAAGACGUCCUGGUGCUGAAGAAGAGUAACUUCGACGAGGCUCUCAAAGCCCACCCUAACAUCCUGGUGGAAUUCUAUGCUCCCUGGUGCGGCCACUGCAAGGCCCUGGCUCCAGAGUACGCCAAGGCCGCCGGUAUGCUGAAGGCAGAGGGUUCAGCAAUCCGCUUGGCCAAGGUGGAUGCCACAGAGGAGACGGAGCUGGCCCAGGAGUACGGCGUGCGAGGAUAUCCCACCAUCAAGUUCUUCAAGGGUGGAGAGAAAGAGUCUCCUAAAGAGUAUUCUGCUGGUAGGCAGGCAGAUGACAUUGUCGGCUGGCUGAAGAAACGCACAGGCCCAGCAGUAGCCACCCUGGCCGGAGUCACAGAGGCAGAGUCUCUCGUCGCUGACAGCGAGGUGGCAGUCAUCGGCUUCUUUAAGGAUGCUGAAUCCGAAGGUGCCAAGGCCUAUGCGAAAGCAGCCGAAGCCAUCGAUGACAUUCCCUUUGGCAUUGCUUCCGAAGAUUCUAUUUAUUCAAAGUUUGAAAUUUCAAAGGAUGGCGUUGUCCUCUUCAAGAAGUUUGAUGAGGGACGCAAUACCUUCGAUGGAGAGCUGACCAAAGAAAAUCUCUUGGCUUUUGUCAAGGCCAACCAGCUGCCUCUAGUCAUAGAGUUCACUGAGCAGACGGCCCCUAAAAUCUUCGGUGGAGACAUCAAGUCCCAUAUUCUCAUGUUUCUGCCCAAAGCUGCUGCAGACUUCCAGGACAAGAUGGCUGAGUUUAAGAAAGCUGCAGAAGGCUUCAAGGGCCGGAUCCUGUUCAUUUUUAUCGACAGCGACGUGGACGACAACCAGCGCAUUCUGGAGUUCUUUGGCCUAAAGAAGGAGGAAUGCCCCGCCAUCCGCCUCAUCACACUGGAGGACGAGAUGACAAAGUACAAGCCAGAGAGCAGCGCUAUCACUGCCGAGAGCAUCACUGAAUUCUGUACAAUGUUUACUGAGGGCAAACUCAAGGCCCACCUCAUGAGCCAGGACAUACCUGAAGACUGGGAACAAACUCCUGUCAAGGUUUUGGUUGGCAAGAACUUUGAGGAGGUUGCCUUCAAUCCCACCAAAAACGUCUUUGUAGAGUUCUAUGCACCUUGGUGUGGACACUGUAAACAGCUGGCUCCCAUAUGGGAGAAGCUAGGGGAAAAGUAUAAGGACAGUGCAGACAUCAUUGUGGCCAAGAUGGACUCUACAGCCAAUGAAAUCGAGGCAGUGAAAGUCCACAGCUUCCCCACUCUCAAGUUCUUCCCUGCAGGAGACGACCGCAAAGUAAUAGACUACAAUGGGGAGAGAACGCUGGAAGGCUUCACAAAGUUCCUGGAGAGUGGUGGUAAGGAGGGUGGAGCUCCUGCAGCAGAAGACGAGGAUGAAGAUAUAGAUGGAGAUGAGGUGGAUGAUUCGGAUGACGGUCAGGACGAGGACUCUGACGGUGAGGACGGACACGAUGAGUUGUAAGCCGUGGGAGAAUAGAGAAAUGGAGAGAGGAGAUCUGCCCCAACCCUUCCAACAAGCCACCAUCACCACCUACACUUCCUUGUGAACCUUCCCUGUCCUGUGAACAUUAAUACAUCCCCUUUAACUGCCUCUCAGUCAGUCAGUCAGUCAGUCAGCCGGCCUGCUAGCAGCCUCGUAACUUCUGGCCAGGCUGGUCUUGUCCCGCCUGGGGGGGGACUGUGGAACAGCAUCACCUCUAAGGGAGACCUCAAUGCCUUCUCUAUAAAGCUCCACAUCAGCUGUUUGCCUUGUAAAUUAUUCAAAACCAAAUGUAUAAGUGGCAUUGAGAUCCAGUUUGUUUUCCUGAUGAAUAUAUUCUCUUUACGAACGCCUUGCCAUUGUUCAGUGCAAGUACGAGUCCGAUGAGUGUUGUAACCUGUAUUUUUAGGUAAGGACGGGGGUUGUCAAUGUUCUUUCCCUCUGCUAAUAAUCCAGAGGACCAGAGUAUUGUGGUUUUGUAAGGACUGAUCUCUCAGGGGACAACGGGGCCAUCUUAUAGAUGUUUUAUUUAGCGUUUCUUCACUAAAAUAAAUUCCACAGCACUCGUUCUGUGUAGCACAGUGUUCCCCACCAUCUGUAGCUGAGACCAAUCUUUCUCUUCUUUCUUUCUUUUUUCUGAUGGGAGGUGUUCUUUGUGUUUGUUUUUUUUUCCCAAACUGUUUCUGGCUCCAGUCUCCUAAUUUCAGCACGGCUACUGACUAUUUUCUAAAAGGAACAAAGGGUUUUGGGGGAAAUCCUAUUUUAUUUAAUUGCUUUCACUGAGUUUUUUUGUUUUGUUUUGUUUUUUUAAUUUAGGACUUGAUUUUUAAUAAUUUACUGUUGUGCCCAGCUGUAGCCGGUCGACCCCUGGACACAUUCUCUCUGACCUGGGAUGGGUUUCCAAACCAGUUCUGAUAGGUCGCACUGCAUUCUUGCCUAAUCAGAGAUUCAGCAUGGUUACUAAAGUAGAUAGAGAUUGGUUUUGAGAUAAGUGUCCAUUAUAUCAGAAAGGGGGAGGGAAUGGUUGCACAGCCCUACUCCCCACCACGUACCUCCUGCAUCCCCUUUGGCUCUACCCAGCUCCCUUUUAUUGCCACAAUGGAGCGUGUGUGUUGUGUGAAUGUGGGGCGCGUGAUGAGUUGCGUGAGUGCAUCAUUUUCUGGUCAAGUUUGAACAGGACAAUGACUUGACGUGUGUUUGGCAGCGAGGGGAGGUUGAGCAGAGCAAGGUAACGGGUUUGACAGCUGUACAGUGGUGGGGAAAUGUAACGAAGCAUUCCAUCAUAUCCAAAUUGAUGUGGAAAACAUUAACAGUGGCCAAUAAACAAAUAUAAAAAGGA